CGCAAUGGGUCGCCAGAACAACAGCUAAAACGAAAUAUCGCGAUGAUUCGCUCUGGAUAAGUACGUCGCGAACUCUCGUGCGGCCUUCUUCUUCUUGAAUACACAUCACCAAAUGGCGGACGACGCCGGUGGUAGAGGAGGUUUUCGCGGAGGUUUCGGCACUGGCGGCAGGGGUCGCGGUCGUGGUCGCGGCAGAGGCCGUGGAAGAGGCCGCGGUGCUCGGGGAGGCAAAUCUGAGGAUAAGGAGUGGGUGCCGGUGACCAAACUUGGUCGCCUGGUGAAGGACAUGAAGAUCAAGACCCUGGAGGAGAUCUACCUGUAUUCUCUGCCAAUCAAGGAGUCUGAGAUCAUUGACUUCUUCCUGGGUUCAGCUCUGAAGGAUGAAGUUCUGAAGAUCAUGCCCGUCCAGAAACAGACCAGGGCUGGUCAGCGCACCAGGUUUAAGGCCUUUGUUGCUAUCGGUGACUACAAUGGCCACGUUGGUCUGGGAGUGAAGUGCUCUAAAGAGGUAGCAACGGCUAUCCGCGGAGCCAUCAUCCUGGCCAAGUUAUCCAUCAUUCCCGUCAGAAGAGGCUACUGGGGUAACAAGAUCGGCAAACCACACACUGUGCCAUGCAAGGUGACUGGUCGCUGUGGUUCAGUCCUGGUACGGCUUAUUCCCGCCCCCCGUGGUACUGGUAUCGUGUCUGCUCCAGUACCCAAAAAACUGCUGAUGAUGGCUGGUAUCGAUGACUGCUACACUUCUGCAAAGGGCUGCACCGCCACCCUGGGCAACUUCGCUAAGGCCACCUUCGAUGCCAUCUCGAAGACUUACAGCUACCUGACCCCUGAUCUCUGGAAGGAAACUGUGUUUGCCAAGUCUCCUUACCAGGAAUUCACUGAUCAUCUGGCCAAGACUCACACCAGGGUCUCUGUUCAGAGGACCCAAGGAGCUCUUCCAGAAGCCUCAUAAAUUUUGUACAACGGGUAGAAAUAAAGUACAGAAAGAAAACCA